CACUUUUCACUGUGUGGAUCUCACUUGGGAUUGCGUUUUUCUUUUAUCUGUGAAGCUGCAAGGCCCAGAGCAUUAGCCUGGGAUGUUUAUAUUCUUAUAUUGAUGUCAUGCUCUUAUUCUGCCCUCCAGUGGCAGCAGAUAAUGCCUGCAAUUUUGCCCAGGGCUUGCUGGCAUUCAUCUUGAGAGAACCUUUUGUUGGGUAAAGCCAGUGGACAAAGCAAAAUUAAUAGCCUGUGUGGUGUUCUUGUGGGGGAGAGUUCACUACUUCAACAUGAGUGCAUAGAAUUUGCCAGCUGACAAAUCUGAGCAUUUAGAAGCAGGAUAUACUAAUAGUGGAUUUUGUCCUAACAAAAAGUGACUCAAGAAAAUAUAACAUCUCAGCUAAUUGUUGUGCUGGUAAAUAAUUUGAAUAGAAAUCCCAAGCGAUUCCCUAUUAUAUUAUGUAUUCUACUUAAAAUCAUACUGCUUUUUCAUAUUAAUUUCAAAUCUGCAGUGUGAUAACAAAUAUGUUUACCAUGUGUAGAGGCAACAUAUUACAGCUGGCUUCCUGGUGCAUGUAUCUGUAUGCCACUCAUCUUAUUGCCUGCUCAUCUUACAGUUUCACAGAAACAUAUAAAAUGUUUUGCAUGUAUCCAUUAAAAUGCAAUGUGUGAAGUUGCCCACCAUAAUUGCCAAUCCAAGCAAUCAGUUUUAUGGGUGAACUGCUGGACUCUUCACAAUUCUUCCAUUAGAGAGAAAGAGUGCAGUCCUCUGCGAGAGGCCCUGCCCUGCCCUUGUAUGAACAGGUGGCCAGCAAGAAGCAAGUUAAGUGCUGCCUAAUAGCUCUUGAUUAGCUCUAUUCACGGUGGCAGAGAAUAAUAGUUUCUGGGCUGUAGCACAGGAAUAUGUGUUUCCCUUGCAUGGAAAUCAGAAAGCCUGCUACACAAUGAAGGGAUUACAUUCCAAGUCCUUUUUUGAGACACAUACAGGGAUAUUUCCGUAGACAUGGAGAACCUGAUCCUGCACCACCUUAAAUCGAGCUGUGUGUUUGCACAGCCUAUUAACUUCCACGUUAAAAAAAAGCCUUGACACUUUUGGUCUUUUACUAGGAGAAUGUAGUUAAGAUGUGGUGAGAGGAAGAGAACAUGCUUGUUUUUAAAAGCAAAAGGUACUCAUCCUCCUCUAGCAUUUAUUUGAGCAGCCAGCACCCUGUUUACCAAAGAGAAGAAGAUUAUUUGCUCUUUUAAAAGCAGAGCAGAAACAACUCUUCAAUUUCCUGGGGUAGACACUCUGCCUGGGAUCUUUAAGAACCACUGCCCAAGUAGAAAAUACUGGACUUGAUGGGCCAGUGGUCUAACUGUUGGAAUUUACUGCAUAAGCUUUGCCUCUGCUCUUGUCUAGGGGGAUGCUUGUCUAUAUAGGUUAGUGUCCAUGUUUGGGUUUGGGGAUGGAGACUAAACUCCAAAGGUUCUCCCUCUCUCUGAAUAAGAGCCUGUUAAUUGUAUGCUUAGCCUGUGCUUUAGUAAUAAAUAUCAGACUCUUAUUUAACUGAGAAAUAAGUUAAGUUGCAGCCUAUAGAAUUACUUAUAGAGGAUAAGUAAUUUCUCUGCAUACACUAAUUUGGAAUAAAGCAGCUUCUUAAAGAGUUUGUGUGAACAGUACAGAAGCAAGGCAUAUUAUUCCAAAUAUCCUCAUGUGAACACAGUCUUAACCUUGGCCCCCAUAGCACGAUGGCUAGCUGGGACUUCUGAAAACUGUCAUCUUUCAAGCAAAGAUCCUUUGGUCUUCAGUUACCUUGCCUGAUAUUCACUUGUAAAUCUCAAAUCUCCUUGCUUUCCUUAAAGAAGCACUGGCCCAUAAGACUUAUUUGCCCCACCACUUUUAAAGGAAGGGACAGAAACACAGAAUGAUAGGAUGUUUUUCUUGCCUUAGGCAUCAUCUCUGUGUAUUAAAAAGGGAGACACUGAUGCUGGCAGUGGGGGGCUGCCAGGAGAUAUUCUAAUCCACUUUUCACCUUGUUGCCAGGGAUUACAGCUCCAGGGCUGUGGGAAUAUAAAAGGUUUGCUCUUCAGUGUGCUUUGCAGUGUUUUUCCAAAUGCUUUUUUUGGACAAUUCAUGUUUGUUGUUUUUUCCUUAAGAAGCUUCCUUCUCCCUCUAGCUUUGUUGUGGUUCCCCUGCCAAGAUUUUAGAAGCCUUUCCUGCAUUAAGAAGGCAAUGUAUUCAGUGGUUUCAGGAAGCGUGAAAGAAAAAGCAAUAGCAAUCCUUUCCCUGCAGGACUAGUAGCCCUUUUAUAGAACUGACCUGGAAAAGUAAGAACUUUCUGUCCCUGCUUUUUAAAAAGUGUUUCCUUAUUCCUGAACAUUUUAGAUUUUAGAAUACUUAAUCGUUCACCUUCAGUAUGACAAACAAGAGCAGCCAGACGGGUUCUCCACAUCAGGAGGGAUGCUUGUGGUUUCUGUGGACAUUGAAGAUUCUGUCCAGUAUGUGAACCAACUCCACUGUGCAACUCUUAUUGCUGCAAAGGGUGAUUUCUGCCACAAACUCCUCAGUGAUCAGACGAGAAAAGAAAUGGAAGGCUUGCUGCCUUUAUGCCAGAGCAAGGCUCUGAGUGGAAGAGGGUGUCCCCAUGAAUCUCUGCACACCAUGCCUUUUCAGCUUUCCUUUGAGCUCUAUGAGAAGUCUGAAGAUCUCAAGGAGGAUUGUUUAGCUCUGAAGCAGUUCAUCCACAGAAUUAGCCUUGUGCAUACCACGAUCAAAUUUCAUUACUGUGUAAAAAUGAAUGGCUACAUUUCUACCAAGACAUAUAGCACAGAGAGGAGAGCCAGUACACGUCUGCCAGAUGGGACAAGGCUACUCAGUGAAGGGAGUCAUUUUGUGAGCAAAGCCAUAUGGGCUUGUGACAAAAUCCACCCCACGGCUGGUGAACCAGUUGGUCUCUUCAUUCCGGAGGAAAUAGCUGAAAAAGGUUUCAGCGGAGAGUUGAAGCUCACGCCUGUCAUGUCUCUAUGCCCUUGCCAGAAACAACUCCCUAACCAGCCAGUGAGGAUAACUGCUGUCUCUAUAUUUCUUUAUGACCCUGCCGGCCUGCCUAUAUUGUUGCCCACUGAAGAGGUGUCACAUUCUUUUUUUGGAGAUCCUUCAUGGGUAGUGCCAUGGGAGAGAUACGGCUAUCAGGCAACGCUGGAUUCAGAUCCAUAUUGGGAAGAAGAUACAGCAAUGCCUGAUGUCAGAUACAAGCUGCACACCAGCCACAAACCUGAUCUGGAUACUCAGGAACAGACACUGCUGCUCUUCCUUUUUCUCCGUUACUCUGAUCCAUUUCAGGACCAGCCAGUCUACAAUUCCUGGGACCAGCGCAUGAUACUAUCCCAUAUCUAUCCUAUCUUCUUAUGCAGCGAGCAGGCUGUGAAAGGUGCCAUCCAAGGAGUGGCCAAGAGCAUCCUGGAGCAGCACCACAAAGUGGUCCAGGAACAGCAGAAACUGACCCAUUCUUUGCCCAUCAUGGUGGAUGCCAUUUCCAGCAUCAUUUCAAGCAGCACCGACAGCGCGUUCAGGAGGAGAUGUCUCCAACAUCUGCAGGUUGCAGAUACCCAGGAGCUCCAAGUUACGAUCAGAGAGACCUUCAGCAAAGCCACUCUUAAGCGAUGGAGGCCUAGCAGCACAUGUGACGUCAAAAGGCCUAAAAAUGAUGAGGCAAGGCAGCUGAGUACCUUACCUUCUGCCCACCAGAAGCCACCAUGCCCCUGCGUGAGUUCUACAGGCCUGGAGCAAGGGACACAUGAGAGCAGUGGAGUAGAAGGACUCUGGUUCAACAAACCAGACUUUGCCAGGAUGAGUCAAACAAGGAAGAGGAGGCCAGCCAGGGAAGAGCUCCCUCCAGAGGGUUCCAGAGACCCAGACGCAGAGGCCAAAGGAAAGAGAGAUGGCCUCUUAACAGAACCAGACAUGCCUUUGAGCUCUUCCUUUUCAUCUCCUCCUGCAACCAGGCUCACUGCCAUCCUGGAUAAUAGCGACGGGAGGUUCGCAGCUCCACCAGUGGACAGUGCUGAGAAUAAUGAAAAUCUGUGGCAGGACACCGAGUUUUGGAACCAGGAAGUCUCAAACUUGUUCAGAUGGACACCCUGAAAGGGUCCCAGCAUGCCAAGGAAAUGGGAAAUGCUGCGUUCUGGAAUGUCUGUGCAGGCCAAUAAAAAGUGAGGAAACCCG